AUGGAGAUCAAGACUCGAGCGACAACCAAGAAGAAGGUAGACAACAUCAGAGAUGCUGCUACUAAUGCAGCACCAAUCACCCGAGCGGCAAGUUCGGCGCAAACGGUUUUCUCCGAUUUAAAGGAGACCGACUUUAGAUCGACUCUAAAUGGGUACAUUCAGGAUAUCUCACUUCGUAGUGCAAAUGAGCAGCUCCUUGCUCCCCUCGACACGAAAACUGAAGACAAAGGUCCUCGUAGCAAGAAUAUGGUAACCCCUACAGCAGCAUUUGUGCUAAAAACCAAGUGGGACGUCCAGCACAAGGUUUUUGUCAAUAUCUGUACGAGUGCUCAACUGCAGCCACUAUCGAGAAAAAACGAGGUCGGUGCUUCUCAGGCGAGUACUUUUUCAUGGCGCUUUUCGUAUUGUGUGGGACCUGAAAGACGUGAGAAGGAUCAACGAGGUGCUGGAAUUCCGACAUUUGACGUCUGUGUUCAUCCUGAAGUAGCUGAUGUGGCAGCUGAUGGACUGGAUGGGAGAGGACCAAUAAUUGUACGUAAGUUCCUGGAUGCCGUGGAGCUGAUACUGCAACAAUCGAGAUGUAAUUCUGCUGCAGCAUUGGAUAGGAACUACCAUGUUCUUCGAGGUGUAUUGUACAAGUCGGGUUAUCCGAAACCAAUGUGUUUGAAUGAAGAAUGUAACGUGUCAAUACUAAGCACACACGGGAAAGUAGGUGAUGAUCUGGAGUCAAAGGCCACUUUUGGUCUUGACAAUGAGGGUGCUGUGCCGUCUCUUCAUUUAACGAAGAUGGCGGGUGAUUGUGCUGAUGACGACGUCGGAGAGGACAAAUUGAUGCGUGGGGAGCAUAUGGAGAGCACUUCUUUGUAUGAAGAGGAAGUAGAAAAUGCGGAUUCAAGUGUGAAAGACCAGUCUGAGAAAGUGAAGCUGAAGAUGGAGCACCAAUUUAUUUACCAUGGACGCUGCGAGGCUUCUCAGAAUGUGCAAGUGGAUUCAGGCUGCCAAGUUCCGAUCAAUUGUGAUCGUCCGAAAGAGUUGGUGGUCGAGGUGAGUUUACCUGCUGCUACAAGUGCCAAAGGGCUAGACCUGGAUGUGAGUGAGCAGAUGAUGCGGUUGUCAGCGAGUCCUGGUGUAUCGCCUGACUACGAAUCGAUGGAGCUGGCGCUACCUUUUCCAGUAAUCGAGAGCAAAAGCAGCGCCAGGUUUGAUCGCAAACGACACAAACUGGUCGUCACUUUACAUGUGCAGCCUCCACAACUGCCGAAGCCACUCUUUGUCUCGCUCGUCAUUCAGGAUGAUGACGAAGAUGAAGAGACUGAAGCGGUGAACGAGGAAAAGCUGUCAUCGCAAGGCGAACUAACAAGCAGUGAAGAUCUCGCAUCGAAGCAAAAGCAGAAUGGCGAGCGGACGUUGUGCAAGCUCCAAGAGACGGCGUCGGAUGCCGCAAACAACUCACACUUGAAUGCACGUGAACCGCCUAACAUUCAAAAUCAUAGCUCUUUGGCUUCAACCACUCAAUCGCCGUCAGCUGCAGCAAACAAGUCCACCAUAUUCACACUUGAGAAUGUGGAUUCGACACCGCCACCACUUGAGAACUGCAGCAACGACGAAGCGGUUUAUACAGCGAACACAUGUGCUAAAACUACGACGUCGUCGUCAACAAUGCCAAUUAAAUCGGCUCUAGCAGCCAAGAACCCGAUCAAGCCGUUGUUUGAGACUCACGUUACGUCGCAGUGUUUGUCGUACAUCGUUGGCGUAGCUGACAUUGAGUCCUCAAGCGUGAAACUUGCAUUUCCAUCCAACAAUUCGCUGCGCCUGCGCUUUUCAGAUCGCAGCCAGCAGGUAUAUGAACUGCACGUUGCUGCGUUGGCAGUUGAUAUCGAUCCAUCCACUGCCGAGUUUGACGUGGCCAGUGAGAACAUGGUGGUCAUCCUGUAUCGUGAAAACUGCCGCAAUAGCUCUUUUGUCCCGAGCUGA